AGAUCCGGGCUGCCGGGUGUCAUUGCAGCCGGUGGCUGCGAGCGGAGAGCCCGCACACUGGUGCCGUUUCAUUGCUGCUGCGCCGUUCAACUAAACGCACUUCGGCACACUGAGCCCUCCGAGGAGGGCUGCACCGUCCCCUCCCCAUGCACGGUAGCAUGCACGGCUGCAUUCCAAAGUUUGGAAGCGGUGCAGGGGACGCCGGCCGGUGUUGAGGACGGGAGCUGAGGUCCAGUGUCUGGAGAGACGGCCAGCAGCCUCUCUGAACCGCUCUAUUAUCUGGAGAGACAGCCAGCACCACUCUGAACCGCUCCAUUGCACCUCUACAUUCAGCAGAGAGUGCCUCAGACUGCAUUGUUUCCUGCGGAAGAGCCUGAACAAGUGCACCCUGGCUUAGAGAUUUUGAAUUCGAGACAAAAUAAAAACCAUCCGUCCAGCCUGACCGUCCUCCUGCUCGGGAAACCAGAUUCUUCCUCUUGGGCCUCCAUGGGCCCCGUGUGACUUCGCACACCCUCCCCUCCUUUGUUGCACAGACUCGCUCCGCAAGUUAACACAGUUACAGACUGGGAAAUCUACCGUGUGGCAGGUAGGUGAAUGGACUGUUCAGCCGAGACUGAAUUCUCUGCUGGAGCCUGCUCUACUGCUCCCAUAUCCUUUGGAGGCACCUCUAGCCCCUUGUCUGUGUUGACCAGAACUGUGCACGGUGCUCUGAUAACUGGCGGUGAUCUCCCGGGAGAAGUGGACUCAAGUGGCCAUGUCGAGAGACGCGAGUAGAACUGAGAGCCAGCACGGGAAGUGGACGGUGUCGAGCAGCGACGAGGAGGAUACGGGGCCUGCCGGAGGGGCUCCCGGCCCACCAGCCCAGCCAAUCAGGCGGGACGAGGUGUCUGAUUCGGACGAAACGGUGAUCGAUGAAGGGGAGUUCGAGGCAGCGCACUGUGGCCGGGCCACGGCGGUCACUGGAAGCGACGAGCGAGCUCUUCAUUCCAGCCAGUUUCCCGCUGGGUCGUCAACCCGGGACCCUGCGGGAAACCCUGUCAAAACUGAACCGUCGGACCCCGCGGGACGGCCCUCCCCCACAGCCAAACGGACAAGACCCUCGUCCGAGUUGGGCUGGGGGGUCUCCAGCAGCGACGAGGAACCCGAGGCCAAAGUGCCGGUGCAGCAGGUCAAGGAGGAGAGCCCUAGCCCGGUGCCGAAGAAACCGCGCCUGGGAGAACUGGAAUACCACCGCCCCUUGGCAGCAGGGCGGGGAGCCGAAGUGGGGGCGGAUGGUGGGAUGCCGGAUAAAUGGGAUGGGCUGGGGAAAGCCCAGCACUUCAGCUUUUAUCUCACCAAAGUGUCUGGCAUCUCGGCCAAGAACAAUGCGUGUGGUCUUCACAUAAAAGAUAUUUUAUCACCACUCUUUGGGACAAUAAUAGCUUCUGCUCAGUUCAAUUACUGCAUCGAUAUUCCAUGGCUUAUGAAGCAGUAUCCAGAGGAAUUUAGGACCAAGCCCUUGCUGAUUGUCCAUGGUGAGCAGCGACUGGCUAAAGCACAACUUCACGAGGAAGCACAUCCGUACCCCAAUGUCCGCCUCUGUCAGGCGAAGUUGGAAAUUGCCUAUGGAACACACCACACGAAAAUGAUGUUGCUUUUAUACGAAGAAGGUUUCCGAGUUGUGAUUCACACUGCCAACUUGAUCCAUGAUGAUUGGCACCAGAAGACACAGGGGAUAUGGGUGAGUCCUCUGUAUCCACGGUUACCAGAAGGGAGUCCUGAAACAGCCGGCGAAUCUGCCACAGGCUUCAAACGCGACUUGAUCGAGUACCUGGCGUCGUACCGGUCAUCUGGGCUCACCGAGUGGAUUGAUCACAUUAAGCAGCACGACUUAUCGCUAACCAGAGUUUAUCUCAUUGGUUCCACUCCUGGUCGUCACCAAGGCAACGAGAAGCAAAAGUGGGGUCACUUAAAACUCCGAAAGGUGCUGAGCGGCUGUGUGUCAUCUGUGGCAAGUCGGGAAUCGUGGCCCCUCAUUGGCCAGUUUUCCAGCAUCGGCUCCUUGGGAGCUGAUGAAACAAAAUGGCUGUGCUCGGAGUUUAAGGAGAGUCUCGCAACACUGGGCGCAGACCAGAGGCACCUGAGCAGUUUGAAGCCACCUCCUCUUCACUUGGUUUAUCCUACCGUUGAGAACGUCAGAACAAGUUUGGAAGGGUAUCCGGGUGGGGGUUCACUACCCUAUGCCAUUGACACAGCUCAGAAGCAACCCUGGCUGACUUCAUUCCUUAGACGGUGGUCUGCGGAGGUCACAGGCCGGAGUCGUGCCUUGCCCCACAUAAAGACGUAUCUGAGGGCUUCGCCGGAUUUCGAAGAGCUGGCGUGGUUUCUUGUCACGAGUGCCAACCUAUCCAAGGCGGCCUGGGGAAUGCUGGAGAAGAACGGCAUUCAGCUGAUGAUCCGCUCAUACGAACUGGGAGUUCUGUACCUGCCUGAGGCCUUCGGGAUAGGAACAGGUCGAUUCCUGGUACAGAGAGGUCAACUGCCGGACUGCAAGGCACCGGAGAUGUCCUUUCCCGUUCCUUACGACCUUCCACCACAGUACUAUGGCAACAAAGAUCGCCCGUGGAUCUGGAACAUUCCUUAUCUCCAUGCUCCCGACACCUAUGGAAAUGUCUGGGCCCCUUCGUAACUUCCGGAACUUGCGGGAGGCAUUUUUCCAUGCCCUGUUACGGAUCACUUUCCCAGACAAACAGAAUUUCAAAACUGCAGUGCAGUUCACGUGCUGACCUGCUGAAUCCUCACUGCAUAUCCAGUAUGUAUUGUCGUUUAUAUCUGUGUGUGUUUUUUGCAGAAUAAAGUUUUUGGAAUAUG